AGCCUGCAUUGAUGGUGUCCUUUAGAGAAAGGAAGACUUUGAUAUGCAUAUGGAUGACGACAUCACUCGCCUAAUUGAUUUACCUGACUGGGAUGCGUGUAAAAUAUAAGCGGAAAGAACCGCUUUCGCAGACAUAAGCACGCUGCCUCACUUUAUCGCUACUGCACAGAACUUUGGAACAAUGCCAGCUGUAAAGAUUUUCUGGCUGGUGCUAAUUACAACUUGCGUUGGCCGGUUGAGCGGCCUCAUAGUGGACGUGGUGACCAUCGGGGAAUAUGCAGGUGGAUGGUCUUAUGGGGCGGCUGCAGUUAGUGGGGCCGGCCGUGGAUUUGGCGGUGGAGGAGAUUAACUCAAAGUAUGCCGGAGUAUUUUCCAUACGACGGACAUUCCUGUAUGAUGUCAAUUCCGCCAGUUGUGGGGAUUUGCUAGCGUCGGAGGUCGAUCUGAUUGCAAGCUCUUAUUAUCGUGCAUUUGAGAGAAAGUCCAAGUUAACAGCGCUAAUCUAUCCAGGCUGCUUCGACCAAUCGGCACAAAUUCUUUGGCUUACGAAAGAAUGGAAUUUUCUAACCAUUGUCGGAUCGGUGCAGGCACUGACCAAGAGCUUCCCUCAAGCUGUCGUGACUGCCUACGCCAACUCCACCCCGUACGGCCGUCUGAUCGUUGCCCUGCUGAUGAAGUACAAAUGGACAGAUGUGUACAUUGUUUACGAUAGCAGUCCGUCGCGCACGCAGUUCCGCAUGCUUGCGCUGGGCGCUGUGGACGCCGUCAAGACCAUCAAGGGCUUCAAAUUCAACAUCGCCGUGCGACCGGUGGACUGCGUACACAAUGCCACCUUUACGGAGGCUCUAAAGGAUUUUCGCCGGCAGUCGCGAGUUUUAAUUUUCUUCGGCAACAACGACUUUGUUCGAACCUUAUUAAUCGAAGCAUCCACGUUGAACAUGACAGAUGGAGAAUACGUGUACAUAACUAUCAACAGCGGGCCUGACGCUGACCGCGGCAUUUACGGCCGCUUAGAGUGGCAGAAACAGGAUGAAAACGAUGAGGUUGCCCGCAACGCGUUUCGCUCCCUAUUGGUUGCAUCUCCUUUACCGGAUACGAUUAAUCCGGAAAAUAUCCGUAAUUUUUCGGCACGGAUACGACAGAUCUCAAUGCAGAACUACAAUUACACUUACACUGCCGACGAAGAGCCAAAUUACGUUGUAAAAUCGAUGUACAUAUCGUAUUGGAUGCUGGCCCAGGUCAUUAGCGAUGUGUUGUCCACUGACGAUCCCAUUGACUUGAGCAACGGGGCUGCACUGAGUGAGCAGUUUCAUGACCGCACAUUUGACAUGUCCAUCGGGAAAGCUUAUAUCGACGAUAAAGGUCAGCGCACCGACGCCGUGGCGAUCUUCCAUUUUGACGCUUCAACGAAUACGUUUACGCCAGUGAUCAAACAAGACGAUGUAUUCUUCAUCCUGUAUUCCGUGCGCAACUUCACGUGGCCCAACGGAAAGUGGCCGCCGCUCAACACUCCGCUUUGUGGAUACAGUCAGCUUGAAGGACCCUGUAGAAUUCAAGCAUCGUCGACUAUGCUAAGCGGCGUCGUCUGUGGGUCAGUCGCUGUAGUUGUGCUCGUUGUUCUGGUAGUCAUAGGACUUCGAGUCAUGCACCACAGAGCGCGCUUAAGUAACCGCUGGUGGGAGCUCGAUCGAUGUCAGUUUUCGGUUCUUAGCGGUCGCAGUGUGUCGGUCAUAGCACCACAGUUCUUUCGAAACGAUCCAAUUCCCUUGGAAUUCUCGCCGAAAUCCGGUGCAGCAUUAUACCGCUUCCACCCGGUCUUCUUGUCACGCUUGCCGGCUGUAGACUGCGCGGUGACCAAUCGGCACGCUCACAUGUUGUUUGAUCAACUUUCCAGCAUUCAGCAUUCCAAUAUCAACAGCAUGGUCGGGAUCCUCUAUACAGCGAGUGAGACGGCGUUCUCCACGUGGUACGUCGACCCUCUAUGUCCGCGACUCGACCUGGAAACCGUGUUGGCGGAUGCCAGUAGCAAUAUGCUGGAUCUGGAGUUUCGGCACGGAAUAACGAGAGAUAUUCUGUCGGGUCUGCAGUGCGUUUUCACAUCAUCCGUUAAGUAUUGUGGGUACCUAAAACCCACAACUUGCCUGAUUGACAGCCGCUUUUCGGUUAAGCUGUCCAAAAUCGGAUAUGAUCGCCUGCUACGAAGUCUUUCGACCAGCGAGAAAAAGUGGCCGUUUAAUGAUCUAAACACUGUCGCCCCUGAGCACCGCUCAACGCUUUCAGGCUCGCCAGCCGGUGACCUUUACUCGUUGGGAACGGUUUUAGAGAUGGUAUAUAGCGAUAGUGGCUUGAAGAACCCACUGAAGCGGAAGAAGUCCGUUAUCAGUCACAUCGAGACAUUCCUGCACACGAUUUCAGCUUGCCGUGAUGUGAGUCCGGACCAGCGUCCUCAUCUGAGCACUCUCAUUUCUCAACAAAGAAAGACCGCGCACUUUGCUGAUAACAGCUUUCUCGAGAGUGUAAUGCGCCGCAUGGAAGCAUAUGCCGAAACGUUGGAGUCUUCCGUCGCGCAGAGAACGAAACAGCUUUUGCACGAACAGAGAAAGUGCGAUGAGCUGUUAGCCGAAAUGUUGCCAUCGUCCAUCGUUAUUAUACUCCGGCAAGGGCAGAUCGUGGAAGCGGAGGUAUUCGACGUCGUCAGCGUUUUAUUUAGUGACAUAGUCGGAUUCUCCGAAAUGGUAGCUCACUCCAAACCGGUGAAUGUGGUCGAGUUCCUUAAUAGCUCACACGGGCUCUUCGAUCGCGUGCUGACCCAGUUCGAUGCGUACAAAGUGGAAACCAUCAACGACUGCUAUCUGGUUGCCAGUGGAGUACUACCAAUCAGAAACGGUAGCCGUCAUGCACUGAAUGUCUGCAAGGUGGCCCUGAAGUUCGUUAACUCAUUCGACGAAUACUUCCCCGCAACGAGCAUGUCUGUUAAAAUUGGCGUACACACAGGUCCCUGUGUGGCUGCCGUUGCCGGGACGAAACGCCCACGCUACUGUUUAUUUGGGGAUACGAUUAACACAGCCAGCCGGAUGGAAAGCCACGGAAAAGCCGGGAAAAUCCAUGCCAGUCAGGCCACGGCCGAUUAUGUGGCCACCCUGGGUGAUGCGGCCGUGACAGUGUGUCCGCGGGGGGCCAUACAGAUCAAGGGCAAAGGAAUCAUGCACACAUACUGGAUUGUUGCGACCGCAAAUUACGGACUCACAGUGUGAUUCAGUUGCAGCUUUCUUUUUCUGCUUCGAACGGAAUGCCCGUCGAUUAUGUG